AUGGAUAUUUUCGAAGAACCCUACUAUAGAGUAGUAAAAAUUUGGUCUUGUUUGACAGGUCAAUGGCCGUCUCAGUCUCCUACGAAAAAGUUUAUUACAAUAACUAUCAUAUGGAUUGCAUUUUUCAUGCAAUUUAUUCCACAAAUUAUAGCUUUUGUCGUACAUAUAAAAGAAAGAGAUGUUGUAUUUGAAGCAUUCUCAGGAUUGGUAAUAGAUAUCGGAUUUAUAAUCAAAUAUAUGAAUGCAAUCUGUAAUGCAGAUCUGAUGAAACAAUUAUUCGAACGUAUUAGACGUGAUUGGAAACUACUUCUGAACGAAGAAGAAAAAGUUCCACUACAAUAUCAAUCAACUCUGGGAUAUUUAUUUUCAGCUUCAUAUGUAGGUAUUUGCUUUGGGACAGCGACGAUUUAUACAACGGAACCGGUUUUUCCAAGAUUUUUAAAUAUAGUCUUAGGAAGGAAUGAAAGUGUUCCAUUAAAAAUGGCGCUUCCAUUGGAGUACAUAAUAAUUGACAAAGAGAAGCAUUACUGGUUAAUGUUAACAAUUUCAAAUAUAUGUGUUUAUAAUAUUAUAGCUGUCAUUGUUUCAUGCGACGUUGUUUUUAUAACCUAUGUGCAACACACUUGUGGAUUAUUUGCAGUUAUAGGAUGUCGGCUAAAAAAUACACCGGUCGAUAAAGAUUAUCUGGAAGGCCAUAAAGGGAGAGAUUUUUUGUCAAAAUCGAAAAAUAUUUCUUAUAAACAUUUGGUAUCUUGCAUCAAGGGCCACAGGCGAGCUCUCGAGUUCGCUGAUCUCCUCGAAAACGCUUAUUGUCUAAAUUUUGGAUUGGCUGCAGUAAUGAGUCUACCACUUAUAAGUAUUACCGGAGUUCAGGUAGUAACACAAGCCAAUACAGCAGAACAGUUACUGAAAACUACAACAUUCGCCCUUUCUCAGACGGCACAUCUCUUUUUUAUAUGUCUUAUGUCACAACAGUUAACAGACAAGAGUUUACAAAUGCAAGAAAGCAUAGUUGGUGUAAGCUGGUACGAUAUCUCCGUAAAGUCACAAAAGUUGCUAAUUCUGAUGACUAUGAGAAGUCAAGUGCCUUGUAAAUUGACUGCUGCUAAAAUAAUGGAUUUAUCAAUUGAAAAUUUUGCAACGAUGUUGAAGACAUCUGCAUCGUACCUCACGAUGCUUUUAUCGUUCCAGUAA